AUGCGUGGGGGUGUGAAGACUAGAAGUCGUAGAAAACGAGAACCGCAACAAAACGGGCAGAAAAUGGCAGAAACGGAACAAGGUGAUGGAGCAGAAAAUGUUAGCUCGAUGCUAAGAGCUAUAAAGACGGAUCUGCAAGAGUUCCGCGUUGAAAACAAGAAUGACUUUCGGAACAUGAAAGAGGAGCUGAGAAACGACAUGAAAGCUGAGCUGGCGUUGCUGAAAGGUGAAGUUUAUCAAAGUAUAUCUGAAAAUACUGAGAAGGCUAACGCUCUCGAGAUCAAGCUAGCUGAAGCGGAGGCACGUAUCGCGGAGGCGGAGAAAUUGAACGCAGCCAUGAAGGAUGCAUUGACGAAAGUGAUGAAAAACCAAAUGAUUGUGCAAAGUAAGCUGACGGACAUUGAAGGGAGGUCAAGAAGAAAUAACAUUCGGAUAUAUGGUGUCAAAGAAGGAUCAGAAAGUGAUUCGAUGCUACAGUUCAUGGACGGAUUGCUGAAGAAAACACUUUCACUGCCACAGGACAUGAAUCUGCGAAUGCAGCGAGCCCACAGAGCACUGACCCGAAAGCCAGAAGGAGAUGCGCCACCCAGGUCAAUAAUCAUAAACUUUCAGGAAUACACGCUCAAAGAAGAUAUCUUGAAAAGGGCCUGGGCACAAAGAAUAAUGCAUGAUGGGCAGCGCAUAUCAUUCGACCACGAUUACGCGACAGACGUGGUGCAGAAGCGCAGAGAAUAUGGAAACAUUAAGCGGGCUUUGAAAGAGAAAAGCGUUCGUUUCCAAACGCCGCUGGAUAAAAUACGAAUACACUGGGACACGGGAGCACGUACCUACGGCAGCGCGCGGGAAGCGGCAAUCGAGAUGAGAAGAAGAGGAUACGUGGUGCCGGGCCCCCCCGAGACCUUGGAGCACCUGCUGGUCUUGUGCCCAGCCGUCCGCCCCUUCUGGACCCGGGUCCAGGAUCUGCUCGCACGGAGGCUGGCAUGGAGACUCCCCACGCCGGCUGCCCUAGGAGGGGGAGACAAGAAGUCCUGGCUCCUCCACUUUGGGCCCAUCGGAAGUCGCUCUGGAGCCACCACCAACAUCGACCUGGUUCGACUCAUUACUGCAAUGGCCCGCUACAGAGUCUUCAUCGUCCGGAACAUCUGUCUUCACAACCGCCGAACAGGACUUCACUGGCCCACAUUCACAGGACUGUUGACCGCACACCUCCGUCCACCUGCACUCUGCAUUGGAGCAACGGUUCACCAGCACUCUUGUCCCCCACAACACCCUGAUCCAACUCACACCAUCUGGACUGACACUGAACCUCUGACGACACUCACCAUGGAUCCCUGUCACAUCCCCUAG